AUGUCCAGCGAGAAGACAGGCCCUCCAGACUCGGGACCCCACAGCUCUCCCCCACCUUAUAAUCAGCCUGUAGGGGAAGGCCCCUGCAAUGGGGUUAUUCCAGGUUAUAAUGAUCCACCACCCCAGCCAGCCAGUGCCACCCUUACUCGCCAGGAUGCCCAAGGAUACCUACAGGAAACGCCUUUCACGGGCCCACCACCAGCCCCCCAGGGGUAUGUGGUGCAGACGCACACUCCCACGGGGACCAUGCCAGUUGGAGGAUAUGUGUCACAACCUACAGGGUAUCCAAUGCACCUUCAACCCUGCACAGCCUAUGUACCAGUAUACCCCAUGGGAACGCAAUACCCAGCGGGAACUGUCCCUCCGCAGCCUGGCAUCCCCCCCUCCACAGAUCCCCCCGGGACUGGCACUACUAGAACCUCGCCGCCCGCCUCAUGACUACAUGCCGAUUGCUGUGCUCACCACAAUCUGCUGCUUCUGGCCUACUGGUGUCAUCGCCAUUAUCAAGGCUGUGCAGGUCAGGACAGCUCUGGCUCGAGGAGACAUCAUGUCAGCAGAAAUUGCCUCUCGUGAAGCUCGGAAUUUUUCCUUCAUCAGCCUGGCCAUUGGGAUCGCUGCCAUGGUCUUGUGUACCAUCCUCACAGUGGUUAUUAUCAUCGCAGCUCAGCACCAUGAUAAUGAUUGGGGUAACUGA